UCCGCCUCCCCUCACACCGUCACCUCACACUGACACGUAGAUCUCAAACACUUUGCCUGAAGUCUUCUCAGAGGACAAACAUGAUCUCCUUCACUGUGUCUGUCCUCCUGUGGACAGCACUGACGGUGACCUGCGAUAAACCCAGAGUGAUCUGCGAUGAGUCCAAGAUGACUGUAGAGGUUAAUAAAGAUUCCCUGAAGGGACUCCGUGAGAAUCACCUGCGGCUCAAUGACCCCACCUGCAGACUGGAAACUCACUCCAACAGCACUCAUGUCAUCGCUGUCGUCCCCCUCAGCGGCUGUGGCACUCUGGUCGAGGAAGAUGAAGACAACUUCAUUUUCAAGAAUGAAAUCACCACCAGGGUCGACAGAGGCACAGCCGUGAUCACCAGGAAACACAGGGCCGAAAUCCUGUUCUUCUGCCAGUACCCCAAACGGGGGGAGGUGUCCCUGGCCUUUUUAGCAAACAGGGACAACAUUGUGGUGGAGGAGAAGGGCUACGGCACGUUCACCUACGAGUUUGUGCUGUUCAAAGAGGAAUACAAGAAAGUGAUUGAUCCAAAUCUGUACCCUGUUGAUUAUGAAGUCACUGAGAGGAUUUACAUGCAGAUAGCAGCCACCUCUUCAGUCAACAACACCGUGCUGUUUGUGGAGUCCUGCAAAGCAACACCGAGUAGCAACAUCAACUCCAGGCCAGCUUACUCCAUCAUUGAAAACGGGUGUUCAAAGGACUCGACUCUUAAACACCACUCCCACAGCGACUUGAAAAAAUACAGGUUCAGCAUGGAGGCCUUCAAGUUCAUCGGCUCGUAUGACCAGGUGUACAUUAGCUGUUUAGUCAUGAUGUGCGAAAGAGGGAACCGCAAAACCAGGUGCGCUCUGGGAUGCAUCGAAAGCCAACGUGGACGUGUGAAGAGAGAGGCUGUCGCCCAGACCUCAAGGCACCGGAUUUACCAGGGUCCCAUCAGGUUGAAGAGAUCAGCAGGGAGCACCGGAGGCCCAGUCAUGAACCUGAACCUGGUUUUCAUCGCUGGAUGUCUGCUUGCAGCUGUCGGCGUGGUCAGUGCAGCGGCUGCGUACAAAGCCAAAUUAUCAAGAGUCAAAUACCAACCUCUGCCUGCAUUUGAAUAUCACACCAAGACAGCACUGUGAGCAGAAUCCUGUGCUGAUUACAUUUCAAUAUGCAAAGCUAUUUUGAUAUCAGUAUGUGUAUCUACUAUAACUGUGAGCUCAUUUAAAAGGAAUAUUCAUCGCAGCUCAAAGAGGAAAUACUUCAAAUCAGAGCCAAAGAGGAAAUCAGACGAAGGACGAUCAACUAGUACUGCAGCUUCUGGGCGAUUCAGUUCUCCUGUGUACUGUUAUGAGAUCACAUGUAGCUUUACAACUGCUUCUACUAUUAUAUAUCACAGUAUGUGUGUAGCAUGAUCAUGUCAUAAUCGCAUGAAAACCAUUAAGAUAAGUCAAACAAAUCAUAAUACAUUUGAUUAAUGGAUCAAUAAAAAAUGCUUUCUCUGCU